GGACCUGACCUCAUUUUACAGCCUGUAACGUUACACAGUAGUUAAAAAUUAACUGGAUGUUUAUUUGCAUACCCUGGGGGUUUGUAGACGAAACACAUUAUGGUAGGUGAAUCAUAUACCUGGCAGCCUCAUAAGUUAUCAAAAGGAAGAAGGUUACGCCAGCCACCCCCUUAAAUAACUACCAUACCUGUGGGGCUUGGCUGUAAGAACAAUGGGACGCUACAAUGGGAAAACCUGCCGUCUUAUGACGCUGAUCGUCCUUACCGGACUCUUCUUCGUGGUGGAGAUUACAGUUGGUUACGUGACUAAUUCCAUGGCACUAGUCGCAGACUCUUUCCACUGUCUGUCAGACAUGGUGUCCCUGAUAGUAGGCCUGUCUGCCAUGAGGUUCUCCAAGAAGAGAGUGGUGCACCUGAACACGUUUGGCUGGGUGCGAGCAGAAGUGCUGGGAGGGUUGGUGAACUGUAUCUUCCUGCUGGCCCUGUGCUUCUCCAUCCUGGUCGAGUCCUUCAAGCGGCUCAUCAUGCCUGAACUUGUGGAGAGUCCACUUCUCAUGGUCAUCAUCGGGGGAGUUUCACUGGCCUUCUACCUCUUUGGGAUGGGUCUUCUCAGGGGCCUUAUGGUGGGCAAACAUGGUCACCUCCACACUGCAGACAGCCCAACAGGACAGGACACGGCUGCACAGACCGGUAAAGAUAAUGUACCCUCAAGAGAGCUGGUGUCUGAGACUGACUCUGGAUAUGACGUGGACCAAACCGUGGACCCUGAUAACAGAAGAGACAGUGAUGCCCAGUUGGCCAGACAUGGGUCCCACUCCAGUAUUAACUCAGACAUGGGCAACUCUGCUUGCAGACCACAGGACAAUGCUAUAGCAGAUGCCACACAGAUGAACCUGCGGGGUGUGUUCCUGCAUGUGCUGGGCGACGCCCUGUCCUCCCUCAUCAUUGUUGUGAAUGCACUAAUCAUCAUGUAUGUGCAGGGAGACUGGACCAAGUACUGUGACCCUGUCCUCAGCAUCCUAAUGGUGGUCAUCAUCAUCGCUACAACUGUGCCUCUGUUGAGACAGUCAGGGUCCAUCCUCCUGCAGUCGGUGCCACCCAGUGUCAGAAUGAAGAAACUCAGAACCAAGCUACAGCAGAUUGUUGGUAUUGUGAGCAUCCAUGAGUUACACGUGUGGCCGCUGACCGGUGAGAAGAUUGUGGCCACGCUCCACGUGGUGUUCCUGUCCCCGCUAAACUACCUGGAGAUCUGCCGUGAGAUCAAGGACCUGUUUCAUGAUGAAGGGAUUCACUCCACAACCAUUCAGCCUGAGUUCUCACAGGGUGUUGGGAGCAGUUGCCAUUGUCUCCUGGACUGUAACAGAACCUGUAGUCCAAACCAGUGCUGCACAACAGACACAGACAAACAGUUAGGUGCGCCGGACAAGGCGUCCCUCAGGAGAGUCCUGUUCCCCUGUCUGGGUCACCCUGAGGAUGAUGCACUCAUCCAGCCAGGGGAUGCUGGGAGGAGACCAUCGCUGAACGAGCAGCACAUAUCUCCUGACCAAGCCAGCCUUCCCCAAGACUCUACUAACCCUUCCUCUGAUGCUGUGAGCUCUGACCAGCAGUCCAGGUCCUCUAACUGCAUGGACCAAUCUUCUGCUGCAAGUAUCUCACUGAGUGGGUAUAGCGAUAGCAGGUUUUCUGUGGUGACUAACAAUUCUAACAAUUCAGCAGUGGUGGCAGACUCCACCACUGAAGCUGACGGGGUGCCUGUCGUUUCCUCCCUUCCUUGCUUGGGGAUGCAGCAAACUAACCUGUCCCCUCCCACCUCAAUGCUGGAAAUGGUGCAGUCCUCUCCUGACUUACAUGACACCAUCUCUACUAACAGUGACUUUGGAGAUACCAAGUGCUCCAACACAGGGGGGUCUCCAUCAUCAGAGAGCUUGAAAUACAAACAUAUUGUAUCGCCCAAGAAUAUCAGGCCAGGGCAAAUGCAUGGCAUCAGACAUGUAAAAUCAGUAGACCACCUUGAGGAAUCUAUAAAGGAAGAUGCAAUGGGCUUAAGAAAUGCCAAGUCUGCUCAUUUUGGUGUAGCUGAGAGCACAAGGAACAGGUUUAAGGGUGUACAACAUAAGGUUCAGUUGCAUGGAUAUGACAAUGGCAGUAAGACGGAAUCUUCCGCUUAGAAAACAAUAUACUAGUAUAUGAUGAUAGGGCUUCCAGGUUUGCUCAGUGCAUAGCCAAGAGUACAGAAUUUUAAUAUUAUAAGUUGGUGAUAUAGAUAACUAUCAUUAUGGUAGAAGACUUCUGUGAACGUUGGCAUUGAAGUCGUGUGGGCUGGAUUUCUCACUAUUUUCUUUGUAUACGGCCUAAAUACAGGUAAAGGAGCAUGUUUUAUAUGUCUUAUAUUUUGAGUCUUAUUGCCAUGAUUGUUGCCACAUAUGCAACAGGGGCACUAGUGAAUACUUUUUUUGAACUAUGCAAAUUUUCUGCAAUUCUUUUGCAGAUACAAGUUGUAUAUACUAGUAUAUUAAUGGCAAUAUCCUAUGAUGUUGCAAUGAUUGUCCAAAUAAAGAAAUGAUAAUCUGAGAUUAUAUUACUCCUGCAAAGUGAGGGAAUAAAUAUAUUUUUGAAUAACAAUGUUAUAAGAAUCUGAUAGUCCUACAUGGAAAAUAUUGAUAUAACCAUUCUAGUUAUUCCAUACUCUGACUUAAGAUUGAAGUGAGUGUGCUUAUGUAGGUAUGUUUGGGAAUGUUUGUGUUACUUUAUUCAUGUGUAUAGUUAAUGCAUGUGUAGUUUUGUCUGAUAUUCAUUUCAUUUAGUGAC